AUGCCGUCGUUUACACCCCUCGCCGCCGAAGCCGCCGGCAAGAUCGCCUCGUACGCCAUCCUCGACGACCCCAACCACUUGGCCGUCGAAACCGGCCAGGCAGAACACCGCAUCGGGCUGGUGAAUUCGUGGCAAAUACGUCAGGGCAGCAGGGUUCUCGAAAUCGGCUGCGGCCAGGGCACUUGCACCGCGGUGCUCGCCGAGGCCGUCGGCCCCGAGGGCCACGUUGAUGCCGUCGAUCCCGGGCCUCCCGACUACGGCGCGCCCGUCACGCUCGCCCAGGCGCAGGCGCACCUGUCUGCCGGUCCUGUAGGGGACCGGAUCACCUGGUACCACGCGGAGCCGGUCCAGUUCCUCGCUGAGAACCCCGGCACGAGGUGGGAUUUCGUCGUGCUGGCCCACUGCAUCUGGUACUUUGACGGGCCGGACACGCUGGGCGAGAUGCUCGCCGCGCUGAGGGGCCGCGCCGCCGGGCUCCUGGUGGCAGAGUAUGCGCUGACGGCCAGGGAGAGGGCUGCCGUGCCUCAUGUCAUGGCUGCCGUUGCGCGCGCGGCGCUCGAGGCGCACAACAAGACGAGCGAGGCCAACAUCCGCUGCCUGUUGGGCCCGCUGAGCAUCAAGGACGCGGCUGCCAGGGGCGGCUGGGCUCUGGACAAGGAAGAGGUUCACGUCCCGGGCGUGGCGCUCCUGGAUGGGUCGUGGGAAACCGGGACGGUGAAGAGCAGGUGGUUCCUGGAGGAGAUUGACAAGUACAUUACGGAUGUGACGCUGAAAACUACGCUUCUGUCGGCAAGGGAGGCCGUCGUUGGCGCGGUUGGGCUACUGAAUGGUGAAAAGGUUAGAACCAUGGACGUCUGGGUCUCUCGAUUUGUUUAA